ACAAGUCUUCAUUUAUUCAUUCAUCAAUCACUUAAACAGUUAGUUUCACGCAAAAAAUUCAGAUAAGUUCUUGAGAUAAAGAAGAAAAUUAGCGAGAGAUUGCAAAAAGAAAUAUAAUGGAACAGAGCACCAGCAAUACAUCAAGAGAUCCUCUAUCUGCUUUCUUUAUGGAGGAUGAAAUUGAAGUCAGUCAAAUUUUACCUGAUCUUCAUAAAUUGAUCGACGUUUCUGAACCACCGAAACGGGGUUUCAAAAGAAAGAGAAGCAGCAACGGUGAAGGACAAUCCACGUCUCAUGAUGCAGCUUCAUCGUCACCGAAGUCUGUUAUGAAUAUUGAACAGAAAAGGCCGAAGAUCAUAUGGAGAUUCACCAAACUUCCUAUCUGUUUCUCGUCUAGUGAAUCAGAUGAAAAUAAUUGCUCCAACAAAAGGACCAAAACCGAGUACAAAUUCGAGAUAGUAACAGUACAAGAAGGAUAUAAAUGCCCUGAUCUUAACAUCCCUAGCGAGGACACAUUUCGGGAGGAUGAUAUUAACAAAGUUGUUGCUGAUAGAAGGGCCAAAUGUACGGAAGCCAGGAGGAUAAGGCGGGGAAUAAUCAAUGCGAAGUUGAUGAAGAAGUUUGCUAUACACCAUGCUUGAUGGAUUGGAAUGGACAGAAUCAAGAAAGAGAAAAAAGUUUAGUACUGAAAAUCAGGAGGUUUUAUACAUAUAUUCCUUCUGUAAUUUCUUUGCUAGAGUUUUUAUGUAAAUGGACUGAAAGUGUAAAUUGAAGAGUUAUAUAGAGAUAGUUCAAUCUGAUUUUCUGAGUUUUACCAUCAUCUUCAUAUAUUUUUUUACCUUAUAGGAUGAACUAACUUUCUAAUGUAACUGAUUAUUGUAUAUGUCUCAUUAAAAGA